AUGUCCAACUCUACUGAACCUACUGUCGUUGUUGUAGGUGCUGGAAUCAUCGGCCUGACCAGUGCCCUCAAGAUCCAGCAACUCCUCGCAGAGUCUCCAACCACUCAGUCAACAUCUGUUCUCCUCGUCGCCAAAGAAUGGCCAACCUCAAUCCCAGGGGCUCCCAUUUCCCACUCUGCUGACUAUGCGUCCAUGUGGGCCGGCGCCCACGUCCGACCCAUCCCAGGCUCAACGCCCCAGCUCCGUCGUGAAGCCAAGUGGCUCAAACAUACCGUUGCCGAGCUUGAACACCACCGCCAGAGUGAACCCUGGGUCGGCAUUCGUAGUCUCCCGGGUAUCGAGUAUCUUGAGGACCCAUCGCCCGAUUACCUGAAGCAGGAUGCUCAGAGUUUUGCCGCCGAGACUGGUCUGUCAGGUUAUCGCAAGUAUGGGGCCCAUGAGCUUCCAGAAGGAGUGAAGCUGGCGUUUGAGUACGAUACUUACUGUAUCAACUCACCCCUUUACUGCAGCAACUUGCUGCGCAAAUUCAUCCUCCAAGGUGGAAAGACGCUGCAGAGGGAGCUCAAAAGCGAGGAAGAAGCUUUUACACUUGCGUCUCAAGUUUUAUUCGUGGUCAAUGCGAGUGGAAUGGGGUUCAAGGAUGCCAAGUGCUUUCCUAUUAAAGGCCAAAUUGUACUGACCAAUCUCGCCGCUGCUGACAAGACCAUCACAAAGCAGCUGAAAGAUGGUUCUUGGAGUUUCAUCAUCCCCAGAUCUUUCAAUGGAGGGACAGUGAUUGGUGGCACCAAGGAGCCUGGCGACUGGGGUAUUGAGCCAUCCCUGGAGCUGCGACAAAGAGUUCUGGACAAUGCCAAGAGCAUCGCUGCCGAGUCAUGCGGUCAGAGCCAGGUACUUGGGCCGCUAAAGGUCAUCAAGGACGUCGUUGGUCGAAGACCGGCUCGAGAGGGAGGGAUGAGAGUUGAAACAGAGACCAAGAACAGCAGUCAGGGGGCACAGUACAUCAUCCAUGCUUACGGCGCUGGAGGACGCGGCUAUGAGAUGUCUUGGGGUGUUGCGAGCGAAGUGGCAGACCUGGCGAGGGAGGUGCUUCGUUCGACGUCGGCGCUUAAGUCAAAGCUGUAA